ACAGCGUCGUAAUUGACGAGAGCAUAGAGUCAAUCAAAGUCUUGGAUUGAGGACGUGCAUAUUUGCAUGGUUUGACUUUUUGCAACUAUAAACCAGAAUUUACUUCUGAAAAGUGUGAAGGGUAGUGGAUUGAAAGGGUACCUCGUCAAAGCCAUAUUUCUACUUUACACAAGUGUAUUAUUAUCGUAUCGCAUCCACAUAUCUGCAUAUGCUCCACGGGAGAUCUGCUGGACAUGAUCUGGACGUGAAACAAACUGAUCGAACAAUGUAUGCACAUGUACGCACGCAUUAUGCUUUGAGUUCUUGCGAAUCAAGAUGAGUAAGUAUUUAGUAUUCACUUUGGAUUUCUUUCUCGAGUCAUUCAUAGAAAGACGGAAAAUCCCAUUAGGUAAUCUUCUGUAGACUUGCAUAAAGCAACAAUUAGUUAAAAUCCCAUGUUUAUUUCUUACAGUAAUGGUCUCAUAAAAUGUUAUGUUAACUACAAAUCUAAUAAUCUAAUGAUGAUUAACUAAAGUACAUAUAUAAUUGUAGUGGUCCCCAUGAGACGUUAAAUAGAACAGUUGCAUAGGUAUAACCGUAAGCAAGAUCAGUGAGCUAUGAUGUCGUCGAAACGCAUUCAUUAUGCGAUUAAAAGUUUUUUAUUGAGAUAUAAAUUAUGUGUCUCACACAGCUCCCAUGCUUAAAAGGUUGUCAAAUUUGGUAAUAUAUACACUGUAAAAAUAUUUCUUGGUCUUAGAAUUAGAUGAGAACUUUCUGAUUAUCAUCGGCCAGCGGACUCUUAUAGCAUGCUGUAAACUUCACUAAAAUUAUACUCCUCAUUGUUGUCUUCAUCCUACCUACAUGCUGGUUGCAUUUUGGAAAAAAUAGAAACUUGCAAUGUGCUCGAGGUAUAGAUACAUAGUUUGAGAUGGUUCUACUCGUAUAUUAACUUCAAGUAGCUUCAAGUAUUAAAAGUUUGCAGCCGACUUUUAAUAUUACACACCAAACAAAAUUAUUAUUUAUUUCUAGACAGGUGCAUCAAUAUGUUCGUGCCUUGCAGAAUCUCACCGAAAUGCCAAGAAUUUGCAUCAUUAGAGAAACUUGUCGCAUUCAUGCUUUGCAAGCUCUUUGACUUUAUCUAAUAAUAGUAAAAUACUUGUAAAAUGUAUCUGGCAUACAUACAUAUAUUUUAAUAACAGUGUUGCAAAUAGAUAAUAAUGACCUCUUAUUUUAUCAAUAAUUCACCAAUAAUUUACAUGUCUAAAAUUUAUAAUAGUGGGAUAAAGUUGGUCGCAUUGUAAUUGUUUUUGUUGUUUAUCGGCUUAAUUAAACAAAUAAAUAUGUGGGCGACGUGGUUGUUGAGUGAUAAUAUAAAACAGACUUCUAUAAACCAGAGAAAACUGGCCGAGGAGACACAAAAGUUAUGAUUUUCCACGAGAUAAGUGUUAGCGUCGGUGUUCGGUGGGUUAGGACAAGUGCCAAAAGAAUGAAAAGACAUCGUGUUUACUAUGCAUGUCUCUCAACUCCAUAAUGAAUCUAGAGUUAAAGUGUUAUGUUGUGUAAAUUUAGUGUAAUUGGAUCUAAAUAUUGUCUCAUUAGGACAGGAAGCAAAACAUUGUGUGAAAUAUUAGAACAGAAUUUAAUGUAAAAAAGCAACGCUUCCAAUGGAGGAGGAUGUAUCGAGUAUAAACGCACAUAAAAAUGAUACUCAUUGCAUGAGAUAAAAGCACCCGUCUGCAAUUAGCUUUUCUCUAUGAAACAACAAGGUCGGGCUUUACAUUCGAUUGAAAUAGGUUGCUUUGAACUCCUCCAAGUCACUCCUCUAAUCCGAAUGCUUAUCUUUUCGGUUUUCGGUGGUGUCGGGUUGAGCAAUCUUCAAACUCUGCCAAUCAACGUCACUUCACUCUUUAGUUCUAAUUGGAGCACCCACCUCAAUCACCAUUAGUAAACUAUUAAUAAAUUACAGAGUUUUCUCAUUCAUUGCUCGCUUGCCUUUUCACCAAAUUGGAAUUAUCAUCCAACGAUUGAGAGUAAGUCAAUAUUAUGUCCGAGAUCCAGGAAAUUUUACAGGAGAAUGGUAUCAAGAUUCUUCGCAGUGCUGAAUUCGGACGCUACUUGGUGGCGGAUAGGGACGUCGAACCAUUGAGUCUCAUCUUAAGGGAGGCUCCGAUAAUUUAUGGUCCAGGGGAUGAUGACCAAGAAGUGCAUCUUGGAGAAUUCCCAAUGUGCCUUGGGUGCUGCGUCAGACUUGUUAAAGGACAACGAUGUGAUUUGUGCGGUUGGCCAAUUUGCGGAAACAGGUGUCAACAGAUGAAAAUUCAUGCUCAGUAUGAAUGUGACCUAUUCCGGAAAGGAAACGUGACCUAUCCACCUCCACACACUUGGCUCGUUAUAAAUAAAAGCGUGCUAGUUCUUCGAUGUCUCCUUCUCAAACAAACUGGUCAAACAGACACUUGGGGAAAAAAUGUUGACGCCUUGGAGCAUCACACCCAAAUCCGCUACAAGAAAUCUUACUGCAUCAAGGGAGACGAGAUGCUGUUGGAAAAUUUGAAGUAUUUUCUCGGGCCUCUUAAAGAUGAUCUCAGGAGAGAAAUUGUGAAAAUUAGUGGGAUCAUUAAUGUCAAUGCCUUCAGUACUACCUCCAACUCAAAUAAUCGGAAUAAUGUGAUGAUUGCUCAAUGCAUUUAUGGAACGGCAAGUUUAUUUGCAAAUAGUUGCAUCCCAAAUUGCACUUGGAGAGUAGAACCGCCGCCUUCCCUGCAAAUCUGUGUGAGAUCUGCAGUUCCCAUUACGAAGGGGGAAAUGAUAACCAUUUCAUACAGUCCACAUGACACUUUGUGUGGAACUUUGCAAAGACAAGUUUCGAAUGAAGACGUAGCCCAUUUCAUUUGCACGUGUUCCAGGUGUAAGGAUCCUACAGAGUUUGGCACGUUUAUUUCUGCCGUCAAGUGUUGUAAUUGUGGAAAUGGAAACAAAGGCGACGAAGGAUUUCUUCUUCCACUUGAUCCACUUGUACCAGAAUCACCUUGGAUUUGCAAUUCUAAAAGUUGUGACGAAUCUCAGUCUGUUCAUAAAAUUGUCGCACAAACGUAUCCAAUUCAACAAAUGUUUGAAGCUACGAAAAGGUCAGGUUUGGAACGAUGCGAUGAAAUCAAAGAGUUGAAAAAUAUUUUGGAAGUUGGGAAAAACAUUUUUCAUCCCAACCACUACACGCUACAAGACAUUCGAAUGCACAUUGUAAAGAGGCAAAUCCCAGUUGUGAGCUAUUUAUCAGGAACAGAGCUCACCUACGUAAUACAUCAGACAAAGGUGCUGCUAAACAUGGCCAAUAUUUUGGCACCUGGGUUUUCACAAAUUAGAGCUCUUCUUCAACAUUUCCUUGCUCAAGAGUUACAAGCACUGCAGAAAAAAGACGCUACCCAACCUGAUGCGGAUAAAUCACAGUGUAAUUCCAUGGUUCAGUGUUUGGAGAGAAAUGCCCUAUUAUUUUUUCAGCAUCACAAUUUUCAUUCUGAAAAUGACACGAUUAUUAAAAUUAUCCAGGAUUCACUGAAAAUAGGAUAAAUAUUUAUCUUGUUUUUCAUACCAGUGUUGAGAUGUAUGUAUGUACAUGCAUAAUUUUAUACUCGUGUAAUUUUAUUACUCUCAUUUACAUAUUUAUUUAGCUCAGACCUCAUUAAAUGUUGAAGUCCUACAAUCCGUAA